CAAAACAAAACUCGAUUUGUAACUCUCACACCAUUUCCACUCAUAUUCCAUAAGCACCACCAUGACUCCACCUAAAGAAAUUGCGACCAUCAUUUACCACAAUGGUCAUAUUGUAGACGAUCCAGUUCAAGGAUCGAUGUACACAUGUACGACCCCAAUAUUUUUUUACGUCAGUCGUUCUAUUACGUUUACACAAUUCUUUCGAAAAAUUAACAAUCGUCUCCCUACUCGAGCAACUGAACAAGUUGCUCAGUUGUUAUUUUGUGUCCCUAUUUCAUUUCAUCUCGGUCAGACACGUUUUAUUUCAGCUCAACUAUUCGACAAUGAUGAUCUUAGAGGCGCAAUGGAAACAAUUCUCCAGAAUUCACAAUUGAAUUAUGUCAAAUUCUAUGCUAUUACUGAGCUUAUUCGUCAACCACAACCAUCGUCUUCACAACUCUCAUGUCCACAACUACAACUACCGCCUCCACAGCAGUUAUUGUACAACAACAUAGACCUCAAUAAUCCAGUAUCUUCAUACAACAACCUUGAAUCACAAGAACCUUUUGACAUUUAUGCUUCAUACACACAAAUAUUAUCCGAGAACGAUUCUUUUCUUCAUGGCCAACAAACCUCCUCUGACCAACAAAACCAUUUAAAGAAACCACUUAUGUUGGCUGGUUACGCAUACACGGAGAAGAUGCACUGGCGACAUCUUGGGGAUAUUCGUGCGAAUAAGCCAAGUGCAGCUGAAUGGCUUGAUCAAUUACCCAAACAAAAAUGGGUACAAUGCUUCGAUGAGGGGAAACGUUGGGGACAUAUGACUACCAAUUUGUCGGAGUCUGUUAAUUCCAUGUUCAAAAACACAAGACAUUUGUCGGUGUCAUCGUUGGUUGAGGAGACGUAUUUCAAGAGCACACAACUUGUUGCUAAUAGAGGUCGACAAACUCAGGCAAUGAUCAACUCCGGCUCACAGUAUUCUGAAGUCGUCUUCGAUGCAAUGAAUAGCGGUCAACAAGAAUUUAAUACACACAUUGUAAAUGAAUUCGAUAAACACAAUCACACUUUUAUUAUAACAGAGACUCAAUCCCCACUUGAAACACCCAGACCACCUGGAAGGUUUAGAGUAAUGUUAUAAUCCCAAAAGUGUGAUUGUGGUGAAUAUCAGGCUAAACAUUUACCAUGUUCUCACGUCAUGGCUACCUGUAAAUCUGUCAAUGUUGAUCCCAUGACCUAUGUGCCGAUGUUAUUCACUUUGCAACACAUUUUGCACAUCUACGACAACUCUUUUGGUUUACUGCCAUACGAAUCAAUGUGGCAAGAAUAUGAAGCAGAUCAGUGGGGUCAUGAUCCAAGGAGAAAGAGGACUGCAAAGGGCCGUCUUGUUCAACUCGCAUUCCCACUGAGAUGGACGAAGACGAAAAUGAACGAGCAAGUAGAAAAAAAUGUGGACUUUGUCGGUAACAUGGUCAUAGCAAAAACAAUUGUCCUAAUAUAUUCUGAUCUUAAAUUUUUCUUUA